ACACUUCGGGCCUUUUGGCUUUUGCCUCGUUACUCACUUGGAGGCGAAGUCACCAACAAAGCAAGCGUCUCCCUCUCCACCCCCCUUCUGGCUGUCUCUCUGGUCUCUGCGUCUGCACCUGCGUGCGCGUACGUGAGCGCGAGCGCGAGCGCGUGCGUCCCUUCCCCGGCACGAGCGGCGCACACCGUCACCGCCACGCUCCGUCCGCCUUCCAGAAAAUCUAAACCCCAGCGGAGCCGGCCAGCCACGGCCGGUCAGCGCCCCACACGGACUCCGACGCGCUGCCCGCUCGCCUGGUCGCCUGCCAAAGCCCCUCCCCCACCCCCCUCGCCGGCGAUGCUGCCGCGUCGCCGUAGCAACCACCCGGGUUCGUCUUCCCCCCUCCCGUUCCUCCUCGUCUGCGGCCUGCUCCUCGCUGCGGCCGUCGCAUUCUCCCCCGCCGCUGCCGCCGAGGCCGCUGGCCGCGGCGGCGGCGGCGCUGGGCACGAGGGCCGCGCGGGGAAGCCGGAGGUCGAGGCCGAGGCGGAGGCGCGCGGGGAUGGGGCGGCCGUGGCGGAGGCCGGCGGCGAGGUGGUGGCUCAGGGCAAUGCCACGGAUGCCAAGGAGGGCAGCCUCGCCGACAUGAUUGACCGCGCGCUGGAGAAGGAGUUCCCGGAGUCCGAGGGCGAGCAGGGCGGUGGAGAGACCGACCCUGGCAGCUUCAACAACACGGUAGCUGAGAAGCAGGGAGUUCUUGAAACUGUGGCUAGAAGAGUAACAAAGAAGAAUGAAACCAAAGAUAACAAGUCAUUUCCUUUUAAGGAGGUGUUCUUGGAUCGAUCUGAGCAAGAGGAUGUUCCCACAUUGAUUGAUCGGAAGGAUAAUGUUUUUAUCAUAUCAAACCCAAAGUCAAAAUACCCUGUGCUGCAGCUGGACCUUAGAUUGAUAUCAGAUCUUGUUGUUGUUAUCGUAUCUGCUACAUGUGGUGGAAUCGCCUUUGCUUGCCUUGGGCAACCGGUGAUUACAGGUUAUCUACUUGCAGGAUCUAUAAUUGGGCCUGGAGGUUUUAGCUUUGUCAAUGAAAUGGUGCAAGUUGAAACGGUAGCCCAGUUUGGUGUGAUAUUUCUGCUGUUUGCAUUGGGACUUGAGUUUUCUACUGCAAAACUUCGUGUUGUUCGUGCUGUUGCUGUUCUUGGAGGAUUGCUCCAAAUUAUGCUGUUCAUGUUUCUUUGUGGUAUUUUGGCUACACUAUGUGGAGGCAAAACAAAAGAAGGUGUUUUCGUUGGUGUUCUUCUCUCCAUGUCUUCAACGGCUGUGGUUUUGAAGUUUCUGAUGGAAAGAAAUAGUAUCAAUGCUCUUCAUGGCCAAGUUACAGUCGGGACGCUUAUAUUGCAGGAUUGUGCUGUUGGCUUGCUGUUUGCACUUCUUCCAAUUUUGAGUGGUACAUCUGGCCUUCUUCACGGAGUUGCAUCAAUGACGAAGUCGCUGGUGGUAUUGAUAUCAUUCCUGACCAUUCUCUCUAUCCUCUCCCGCACCGGUGUUCCUUGGUUUCUUAAACUGAUGAUAAGUCUUUCAUCACAGACAAAUGAACUAUACCAGCUGGCAUCAGUUGCAUUCUGCUUGUUAUUUGCUUGGUGUAGUGAUAAGUUGGGCCUAAGUCUCGAGUUGGGUUCAUUUGCAGCUGGAGUAAUGAUAUCAACAACAGACCUUGCACAACAUACUCUUGAACAAAUCGAACCUAUCCGCAACUUUUUCGCUGCUCUUUUCCUUGCCAGCAUUGGGAUGCUAAUUAAUGUACAUUUCUUGUGGAACCAUGUGGAUAUACUCCUUGCAGCGGUAAUUUUGGUGAUCACUGUAAAGACCUUUAUUGUUGCUAUUGUUGUAAAAGGGUUUGGGUAUAGCAACAAAACAUCUCUUCUUGUCGGCAUGUCUCUUGCACAAAUAGGAGAGUUUGCUUUUGUUCUCCUAAGCCGUGCUUCAAGUAUCCAUCUCAUCGAGGGCAAGCUAUACCUGCUGCUUCUUGGAACCACUGCACUUAGUUUGGUGACAACCCCUCUGCUGUUCAAAAUGAUCCCAGCAGUGGUCCACCUCGGGGUUCUUUUGAGAUGGUUUUCUGUUGAUACCAAUCAGGUGGAGUUGGGCCUGAAAAAUGAUGUCCUCCGCAUGGAUAGCGGCAAGCGCAUAAAUCUGAUAGUCCAAGGCUCACAUGACUCAUGACACAUUUGGCACACUGCAAGCUAGUUUUUGUAUGGCUUAAGUUUACAAGCUCUGUAAAGUGUUUUCACCUGUAUUGAAGAGUUUGUAGCAGAUAUACAAGGGUGGAGGCAAGAGAACUCAACUCAGAUCUUGCUCAUAGGGCGAGAUCAAUCCUCCCCCAUCAUGGAGACUGCAGGGGCAAUUGGGUUUGCCGUUUUUGAGAGCAGUGUGUCUUGGAUGAUUGGUGCAGUGAGUGGCUGUCGACCCCAAAUGAGGGUCUCGUGUAACAUAAGAAUGUAUGGUGAUUAAUUGAUUGGAUUAGCAUGAUAGGAUCUAGGCCUGAUCGUUAUGCCAUUGUAUUCUUUCAGCAAACUUGUGUAUCCUGACAACACGAAAGUGUGUACGACAAUAUCCAUCACACCACGAAUUUUGUUAUGUAGCCAUAUAUGUCAUUUCCUUAA